UAAAUGUUUUUCUUUAAUGUUAACAGUUCAGUCUUCUGGUACGAAGCUGUGCGUUUCUGUCCUGCGGGGUCUGUUGUGUUGCUCGUAAAGAGGUGUGAAUGAUGCACCUCCGACCACGUGACCAGCAGGCGCACAAAGGGCGCUCCUUAUAGAGACGCUCUCCUCCAAACCCACACACGCCCGUCUGCUGCGCGCCUGCCUCUGCCGCCUCACACUCUGCGUGUCUGAUGAGUUCUCCCGGGAUUAUUCACAACAUCAUCCACCACAAAAGAAAAAAGAAAAACAUUCAUUUUCUUCAGUUUUUGGAUUUUAUUUGCACUUUUUACAACCAACUUGGGACAAUUUACACCGGAAAUUAAGGAAAAAUCCAAUUAAGAUGUCUCAUGGCUAGGUGUUCCUCAACUCGCCGCUGAGCGUCUCUUCUGCUUGGAGAACCAUGACUGUACCCAGGAUAACCCAAACCACGAUGACCACGCUCGCAACAGGUGUCCGGUAUCUGGGCUCCAACGACGCCAGCUACGACGACCCCUCCGCCGACUCCGGCUUGGUCAAGAACGGCCUCCGCUUUGAGAAGCACCCCUCCCUCAGCAGCUCCUUCCCGGAAUUUUUCCCGGAAAGCAAAGAGGUCUUUUACGCCGCCGUCUCUCCCAUGUUUCCCAUCAACGUGUCCGAACUGGGAAAUGUCACGUCUGUGGAGAUUGGAGGAGCUCCUCAGUGCUCCGAGAACGUUGCGGACAAUCUGGAGUGCUUCAUGAUCCUCACGCCCAGCCAGCAGCUGGCGAUCGCCAUCUUGGCGCUCACGCUGGGAACGUUCACUGUGCUGGAAAACCUGGUGGUGCUCUGCGUGAUCCUGCAAUCGCAAACGCUUCGAUCCCGCCCGUCCUACCACUUCAUCGGCAGCCUGGCUGUGGCCGACCUGAUCGGAAGCAUCAUCUUCGUCUACAGUUUCUUGGACUUUCACGUCCUCCACCGAAAGGACAGCCCGAACAUCUUCCUCUUCAAGCUGGCGGGGGUCAUCGCCUCCUUCACCGCCUCUGUGGGCAGCUUGUUCCUCACGGCAAUUGACCGUUACAUCUCCAUCCACAGGCCCAUGGCGUACAAGCGCAUCGUCACGAAGACCAAAGCGGUCACGGCCUUCAGCGUGAUGUGGACCAUCUCCAUCGUCAUCUCCCUUCUGCCGCUUCUGGGCUGGAACUGCAAGAACCUCGGGACGGUCUGCUCCGACAUUUUCCCUCUGAUCGACCAGAAAUACUUGAUGUUCUGGAUCGGAGUGACCAGCAUCCUGGUGCUGUUCAUCAUCUACGCCUACAUGUUCAUCCUGUGGAAGUCCCACCACCACGCCGUCCGCAUGCUGAGCCGCAGCUCCCAGAGGAGCGUGAUCGUCCAAACCCCAGAGGGGAGCAAAGUGCAAAUGGUGAGGCCGGACCAGGCCCGGAUGGACCUGCGCCUGGCGAAAACUCUGGUCCUGAUUCUGGUCGCGCUCAUCAUUUGCUGGGGCCCGCUGCUCGUCAUCAUGGUCUACGACCUUUUCGGGAAGGUGAACGACUUCAUCAAGACGGUGUUCGCCUUCUGCAGCAUGCUGUGCCUGCUCAACUCCACCGUCAACCCCAUCAUCUACGCCAUGAGGAGCAAGGACGUGCGCCGGGCUCUCCUCAACAUCUGCCAUUUGUGGCGGGGAACGUCGACGUCCCUGGACAGCAGCGGCGAGAGCGACUGGAACGUCAGGAGCUUGAGGGCCUCCGCCAUCAGGGCGGGGAACGCUGGAAGAGGCUGCAGAAAGACCAAAAUAAAAGUGGCACAGGCCACGGUUUCUGGAGCGACCGAGACUUCAGCCGCAGAGCCGGUCUAGAAGAUGCUCCGACACAACAGUUGGAAGAAGGUGUAAAGUAGCUUCCAUCCUGUUAGCACGCGGCUUCGUGAUAAGAAAUGUGCCAAAACUACAAGGACUUUUUCAAGCUGGAAUUGUAAAACGAAACUAUGUAAAGAUGGAGUUUCAUGCUGUUAUUUUUGCUUUAGCUUGAAUGUCAAGAAGUUCAAAGAAACAUUUUGCUUUUUUCUGUACUUUUUUAAACAAAUAAAAGUGCAACUUUGCGUUGAAUUAAGUCAAACAUGUUAAAAAACUGCUAAAUAGUGCUUUAAAAAGUAUUUUUUCCAUAGACAACUCAACUCUUUAUAGUAUUUUCUAAAGUUAUGCUAGUUUUUAUUUUAAUUCUUGGCGUUUAUAUUUAUUUAUUAAGCUAAUUUAUUUAUUUAUUUCGCUAAUACUAGAAGCUACUAAUAGAAAUACUUAAUUUAUAAGUACAUUUUAUUUUUAGGAGUAUUUAGGAGUAACUAUUUUGAUUAGUUAAGCUACAGCUUAUAGCAAUUUAAGCAAACCUAUGUGCAUUUUAUUGUAAAAAAUCAGGUCUGUCUGAUAAAUCUGUAACAGUAUUUCAUAUUGUAUUUUGUGCUACUAAAAUAUUUAUAUUUGUCCUGUUUUACUCAUUGUAUCAAAAUGUCUGAAAACUUUUGCUUUUUUACAAUAAAACAACAAAACCAGCUAA